AUGUGGUGGGGAAGCGAAAGGGGACUUCCCCCCGACGCGCAUCAGUGGUGCGGCAAAGCAGCCGGUGCGCCACGCGAGCCAUUGAAGAGCGUGGGAACGGCGGGCGCGCUUCCCACGAUCGGCGGGAGCUCCCUUGGGGCGUCCGAACUACACAAAACAGCCCGCGCGCGCAACCCGGCUUUCAGUCGCGUUGGCGGACAGUGCCUGCGCGGUGCCUGCUGCGCCGCCGAAUCGUGCCGAUGCCUUUUCGACAGCGGCGAUGAAAACAGCGCGAGCAUGAUGCCAGUCGUGAGGAUACUGGCAGCGGUGAUCGUUCUGGGGUUGGUCGAGAACGCUCCCGUUCACCGCUCGCCCACGAGGAGCCGUCGCCAUGUGUCCUGCGACUGGAGCCAAGGCCUGUCACAGCCAUUCGAGGGCGUACUCCCCGUGUACCUCAGUGCGUGUGAUUCCGGGACGGUGCGCUGGAACCACGUACGCGGUGCCUUGCGGAUUGUGCUACAGGCGCAACGAGAGUUCCAGGCGUGCUUCCGGGUCUCAGCUGACAGUUCCGGGGCGCUGGUGUACGUUGCCCCUCGGGGUAAUUUACUUCCUGGCCCUGGCUUGCGGGCCAAGUGCGUGCUCUCCAACCGAGCAUCGGUCGUCGUCUACGCGGUCGCCACGGCAGCCGCUCGGGCCGGGAGCAGACUGAGUUUGACGUACACCACGAGCCAGCAGCCGGUGGCAUCAUACGAGAGACUCCAAGGAUGGGAAGUUGCAGAAGCGACAGUGCGGAAUGCAACAUACCACUCGGACGAGCAGAGCAUCUACUGGUGGCUGUCCGUCACGAAAACCCACCGCGGCCGCAAGCCCGACUACGUCACACGACCGGCACGGUGCGGAUUUCCUCGUGACACACGGGAGCCUCGUCUAAUUCUUGCCAGGUGGCAUCUGGGUCACCCAGUUGUCACGUGUGCGCCGAAACUGUCGCAGUGGAAAAAACUCUGGGUGCAAGAAAAGGUGGGGUGCAAUCCCGAAAUGAGACGGCUGCUUACGUGACGGGGUUUUUGUGCGUGUGUGUUGUGAUAAAAACUGACAAAAAACAUGACGAAGCCUUCUAGUCAUCUCCGGAAAUGCUCCAGUGGGCAAGAUAAAAUGAAUAAAUACUGUUGUCACAAA